CGGGAGCGGCGCUGGGGAGGGCGAGGCGGAGGCGGCAAAACGGGCAGCCGAGCAGAACGUGUAGCCGCACCCCCUCGAGUCCGCUUCGGGCAGUUGCCGACGCACAGAGUUCCCUGGGUCCCCGUUCACUCCACUGCUGACCGGCCCACCCACCUGAGCUGAGCCUUUCUGCAGGCCUCCCUCCUGCCUCUGUGGGACCCUGCAGCGUGGGGUCCAUCUGGCCGGAGAAGAAAACCCUCUCAUGCUAGCGUUGCAGACCCCAGAGGGUCCGGUGUGGGUGCUGAGAUGGCCAAAGAGAAUCACGGCAGCCCCCGGGAGGAAGCGUCCUUGCUGAGUCACUCCCCAGGCACCUCCAAUCAGAGCCAGCCCUGUUCUCCAAAGCCCAUCCGCCUGGUGCAGGACCUCCCAGAAGAGCUGGUGCACGCGGGCUGGGAGAAGUGCUGGAGCAGGAGGGAGAACCGUCCCUACUACUUCAACAGAUUCACCAACCAGUCCCUGUGGGAGAUGCCUGUGCUGGGCCAGCAUGACGUGAUUUCGGACCCUUUGGGGUUGAAUGCAACCCCACUACCCCAAGACUCGAGCUUGGCGGAAACCCCCCCGGCUGAGAACAAGCCUCGGAAGCAGCAGCUCUCGGAAGAGCAGCCAAGCGGCAACGGUGUGAAGAAGCCCAAGAUCGAAAUCCCUGUGACACCCACAGGUCCAUCAGUGCCCAGCUCUCCUAAUGUCCCAGGAACCCCAACACUGAAGAUUUGGGGGACGUCCCCUGAAGACAAACAGCAGGCAGCUCUCCUCCGACCCACUGAGGUGUACUGGGAUCUGGAUAUCCAGACCAACGCUGUCAUCAAGCACCGGGGGCCUUCAGAGGUGCUGCCUCCGCAUCCCGAGGUGGAGCUGCUCCGCUCCCAGCUCAUCCUGAAGCUUCGGCAGCACUACCGGGAGCUGUGCCAGCAGCGAGAGGGCAUUGAGCCCCCUCGGGAAUCUUUCAACCGCUGGAUGCUAGAGCGCAAGGUCGUGGACAAAGGCUCUGACCCCCUGUUGCCAAGCAACUGUGAACCGGUUGUUUCGCCCUCCAUGUUUCGUGAAAUCAUGAAUGACAUUCCUAUCAGGUUAUCUCGAAUCAAAUUUCGGGAGGAAGCCAAGCGCCUGCUUUUUAAAUAUGCAGAGGCCGCCAGGCGGCUCAUCGAGUCCAGGAGCGCCUCCCCCGACAGCAGGAAGGUGGUCAAGUGGAACGUGGAGGACACCUUCAGCUGGCUGCGGAAGGACCACUCAGCCUCCAAGGAGGACUACAUGGACCGCCUGGAGCAUCUGCGGAAGCAGUGUGGCCCCCACGUCUCGGCCGCUGCCAAGGACUCUGUGGAGGGCAUCUGCAGUAAGAUCUACCACAUCUCCCUGGAGUAUGUCAAGCGGAUCCGCGAGAAGCACCUUGCCAUCCUCAAGGAGAACAACAUCCCAGAGGACGUGGAGGCCCCGGAGGUGGAGCCCCGCCUGGUGUACUGCUACCCAGUACGGCUAGCUGUGUCUGCACCCCCCAUGCCCAACGUGGAGAUGCAUAUGGAGAAUAACGUGGUCUGCAUCCGGUAUAAGGGAGAGAUGGUCAAGGUCAGCCGCAACUACUUCAGUAAGCUGUGGCUCCUCUACCGCUAUAGCUGCAUCGACGACUCAGCCUUCGAGAGGUUCCUGCCCCGAGUCUGGUGUCUUCUCCGACGGUACCAGAUGAUGUUUGGCGUGGGCCUCUAUGAGGGGACAGGCCUGCAGGGAUCGCUGCCAGUGCACGUCUUCGAGGCCCUCCAUCGGCUCUUCAGUGUCACUUUUGAGUGCUUCGCCUCACCCCUCAACUGCUACUUCCGCCAGUACUGCUCUGCCUUCCCCGACACAGAUGGCUACUUUGGCUCCCGCGGGCCCUGCCUGGGUUUCUCCCCGCUGAGUGGUUCCUUUGAGGCCAACCCUCCUUUCUGCGAGGAGCUCAUGGAUGCCAUGGUCUCUCACUUCGAGAAACUGCUCGAGAGCUCUCCAGAGCCCCUGUCCUUCAUUGUGUUCAUCCCCGAGUGGCGGGAGCCCCCGACACCGGCGCUCACCCGCAUGGAGCAGAGCCGCUUCAAACGCCACCAGCUGGUCCUGCCCGCCUUUGAGCACGAGUACCGCAGCGGGUCCCAGCACAUCUGCAAGAAGGAGGAGAUGCACUACAAGGCCGUCCACAACACAGCCGUGCUCUUCCUGCAGAACGACCCUGGCUUUGCCAAGUGGGGGCCGACAGCUGAGCGGCUGCAAGAGCUGAUCGCUGCCUACCGGCAGUCUGGCCGCAGCCAUGGCUCCAGCUCCUCCUCUUCCUCCUCCUCGGAGGCCAAGGACCGGGACUCAGGCCGAGAUCAGGGUCCUAGCCAAGAGCCUCACCCCACUUAACACACCCUUCGGGGAGGAGGAGCCCCAGGGCACUGGCGCGGACUGCAGGACUCAUGGCCCUUGGGCUGCCAACGACAUAGGAAGACUGGCUCUGCCAAGGCUCCCCUCCCUGCCCCACCACCAACCUCCCACCUCAGACUCCAAGUCCCUGUAAAUAGGCCCCACCCCUUCUCCCCCUACCUGUGCAACCUUAUUUCAUUUGUAAAAGGAAAUACAAAAAACCCUCUCCUAAGAAUGAGUGAGGGUCUUGAGGGCAGAGAGGGCUCAGGAACCUGGAGCCGCUCAGGGACCACAGCUCUGUAUGUCCAGGCUCACCUCACGACCCAUGGGUUGUCCCACCCCAGGGCUCUGGUGUCUACUUCUUGUCCUGCUCUCCCCACAACUGGGACCCUGGUGGCCUCAGCCUCUGCCGAGCAGGUCUGGAGUCCAGAGCCCUGCACCAUCUAUCUGGUAAGCCCCACUCCCACUGCUGAGCCUGUGUUAGUCCUCCUGGGGAGCAGGGGUCGGGCAGCCACGCCCGGGAGGAAAGCUGGACACCUGGCCCUGAAACCAGGCAGCGGGUGUUUUACAGGCAAGCGUCAGGAGGAAACGCAGCUCAGAGCCAUCGCAGGCCUCACCGUGGCCUCUGUGCAAGUGGGCUCCUGGCUGUGCUGCCCUUCCUUUGUGGACCUGUGUGUGGAGCAGGUGCCCCUCGGGGCCUAGGGGCUCUCCCAGGCCGUGUCAGGCCUGCCCUGCUUUGGGGCCACUGUACUUACACAGGCGAGGCUGGAUGCACUGCAGGCCAGGCUGCCUCCACCUCACUCCCCCCUUGUGGCUGUAACAGGCUCCACCUUUCCUUCUGCUCCCCAAGUCUUGCCUGCUUCAUGCUGUAGCAACAAGUGGACAAAUCGAGCUGGCCAGGGCUGGACUCUGUCCCUUUAUUGAGACUGAGAGGCCAGUGGGUCCAUCCAAACAAAAAUAAAUUUCUCUCCCAAAGCCUGCCUGCAGGCUGGGCACCCAGAA